AGACUGGGAGACCUCCCGUUAUAUAAGCAGCUAGCUGCAAGUUUCCACCUUUGCUCACACAUUACUUGGGACUUACCUGAAUGGCCAACCAAGUAAACCCUAGUGGAUUUUCAUCAUCGCCCCCGCAGCGGUGAUAGCCACUAGACUGUGUCUUGUGAUAGAUAUCAAAAUGCAUGGCGUGGGCAGUGAGGUCUACCAUGAGGCUGCCAUGGCCAACGUCCGCCUUGAGCAGACGGGUGACCAUUAUCCUCCAGUUUUUGCUUCUUAUUGUAGCGCCGUACCCGCAUUCUACAGCGUCAACGAUUCUACUCCACCCGUAUCCGCGCGCCGACAUCAGCUCCCAAGCUCAUUGCUCGAGCGACUAUGAAUGGAUGCAGAACCAGGAAACCACCAGUCCUUGUCUGCUCGUUGCCUACGUUAUAUCGGCCUGUGCCGGAAACAAUUGGACGCUGCCUGCCUUACUACCGGGAUCUCAAUACGACGGCCCCGCUGGACAAACGGUCACGCCCUGCUCUUGUUCUUGGUCCUGCUAUAACCUGAUGAUGGCGUGCACGCUUUGCCAGAGCACCAACAGUUCAGACGGUUAUAACUUGCAGACAUGGCCAACAUUCGUCGAGAAUUGCACGUCCGGUGAGACGAAUGUGUACUUCCCCUCCGGCUAUUCUAUAGCGGGAAACCAAACUAUUCCCUACUGGGCCGCCAUCAAUCCAACAAAUUGGGAAGGGCAAAUCUGGAAUGAACAAGAAGCUUAUCAGUACUACCAAGAAAACAAGACGGAUCUAAACCCAAAUGUGUCUACUGCGUCCACUGGAUCUCAAUCUAGGAACCUAGGUGCCAUCGUUGGAGGCACUGUGGGCAGUGCUGCAUUUGUUCUUCUCCUAGGUUCUGGGACCUACAUCCUGUGUAAACGCCAGCAGUAUCGCCGCGUCCGAACUCCUCCGGUGGCAGAAGUAAAUGGAGGGCAGAACCCGAACUGGCAGAUGCACAAUUGCCAACUAUCCGACCAGUCUACGGCGACCGGUUUGCAACCGAUGACUGUGUCUUCCAUGACGUACCAUACUGGUGCUGGCUCGCAAACGGUUCCGUCGUUGCGCUCGUCUCUCCCGCUGACGAGUUUCACCCUCGGAGCGGAUACCGCUUCAUAUAAUAUGAGUGGCACACAGCUGCGUCCUCCCGCUCCAAUGGUGUAGUGUCAUUCUUUACGUGGUCUUUGAACAAGAAAGAUGUAAGACUAGACUCGAGCUCGCUAUCUGUCCUGCGGAUGUAGAUUAUUUGUAUAUGCGUCCU